AUUGUUCCUCUAUUAUCAAAAAUCAUUACUAAUCGAUAAUGCAACUCUCCUGUUUGCACUGUCCCAAAAAUGAUCAAAACUUGUUACUUUAUAUUCCUAUUUUAUCCAUGUUUAAACGAACUGGUCGAUUUUUCCCGCGAUUUUAACUUAAAGUUUAAAGAUGGGAGUUGAGAAUAUUGUCGGUGAACCUAUGAAUAUUGAAGCUGUGCCAUCGACGAGUGGUUAUAAUAUAAAAAAUAAAGAAAAAGAUAAGAAAUCGGCCAAUUUGCCAUGGAUUGAAAAGUAUCGACCACAAAUAUUUUCUGACAUUGUUGGUAAUGAAGACACAGUAUCCAGAUUAUCGGUAUUUGCUGAACAUGGGAACUGUCCUAAUAUUAUCAUUGCUGGUCCACCGGGAGUUGGUAAAACUACAACUAUAUUAUGUUUGGCACGUAUUUUAUUAGGACCAGCGUUUAAGGAAGCAGUAUUAGAAUUAAAUGCUUCAAAUGAGAGAGGAAUAGAUGUUGUCAGAAAUAAAAUUAAAAUGUUUGCCCAAAAGAGAGUAAAUUUGGCAAAAGGAAAACACAAAAUAAUAAUUCUGGAUGAAGCUGAUAGCAUGACUGAUGGUGCGCAACAAGCAUUACGUAGGACAAUGGAAAUAUAUAGCAAUACAACUAGGUUUGCACUAGCUUGUAAUACAAGUGAAAAAAUUAUCGAGCCAAUACAGUCACGCUGUGCCAUGUUAAGAUAUGGAAAAUUAUCAGAUGCGCAAAUUUUAGCAAAGAUUAUUGAAGUUUGUCAGAAAGAAGAUGUUUCACAUACAGAUGAUGGUUUAGAAGCAAUAGUAUUUACUGCACAGGGUGAUAUGAGACAGGCUCUAAAUAAUUUACAAUCAACUUAUAAUGGUUUUGGACAUGUAAACAGUGAGAAUGUUUUUAAAGUCUGUGACGAACCACAUCCAUUACUUGUUAAAGAAAUGUUGGAAUUAUGUGCACAGGGUAAAAUUUCCAAAGCAUAUGGGAUAAUGGAACAUUUAUGGAAAAUGGGAUAUUCUGCAGAAGAUUUGAUCAGUAAUAUAUUCAGAGUUUGUACAAAUCUAUCCAUCGAAGAACCAUUAAAAUUAGAUUUUAUAAAAGAGAUUGGAAUAACUCAUCUAGGAAUAGUGGAUGGAAUUAAUAGUUUACUACAAAUGAACAGUCUUCUUGCUAGACUUUGUCAAAGAACUAUGCAGAAAUAAGAAUGAAUUCUACGAUAAGAAUAUGUAAUUUGAGAGAAUAAAACUAUUUAUAUAUUUCUAUUA